GGGAUUUGUAAAACACCCGGACAUGCUCAAAGAACCAUCCCGAGUUUUGCACAAUGCCAGGUCUUGGGACAAGACAUUACAGUAGUUUAGUUUCUGGAAAAGCAGGCAUUCAGCACUAUUCCCUCCUCCCGUCACCCCACACAAGUAACACCCGCCAAAUUGGAGCACAGGACUUAAUUUAUGAGUAAAAGCUCUGUAACCCAGGAUACUGACUGAGCAGGAUUGUCAUACGCUGGGGUUUGCAGUUCAGCACCACUAGAACACAGACAUCAUUAUGGAAGGGUUUUUCUAGCAAAGCAACCAUUCACUUGCCUGUUUCUCAGAGUAAUGUGGGCCAUGAAGCCAGGCCAUCUUUUCUGGGCUCUGCUGUUCAUUCAAAUUUUGUGGACCCAACUGACUGAUGGGACUACUCGAGUCUACUACCUCGGCAUCCAGGAUGUGCAAUGGAAUUAUGCUCCCAAGGGAAGAAAUGUCAUCACAAACCAGCCUCUGGACAGUGACAUAGUAGCUUCCAGCUUCCUAAAGUCAGACAAGAAUCGGAUAGGGAGCAGCUACAAGAAGACCAUCUACAAGGAAUAUAGAGAUGGUUCAUACAUGGAUGAAAUAGCCCAGCCUGCUUGGUUGGGCUUCCUGGGGCCAGUGUUAUGGGCUGAGGUGGGUGAUGUCAUAAAUAUCCACCUGAAGAAUUUUGCCACUCGUCCCUACACCAUCCAUCCCCAUGGCGUUUUCUAUGAGAAGGAUGCAGAAGGCUCCCUAUACCCAGAUGGAACCUCUGGUCGGCUGAAAGCUGAUGACUCUGUUCCCCCUGGAGGCAGUUACAUCUACAACUGGACCAUUCCAGAAAGCCAUGCACCCACUGAUGCUGACCCAGCAUGCCUCACUUGGAUCUACCAUUCUCAUGUAGAUGCUCCACGAGACAUUGCGACUGGCCUCAUUGGACCCCUUGUCACCUGUAAAAGAGGAACUCUGGAUGGGAACACCCCUCCUCAGCGUCAGGACGUGAACAGUGAUUUCUUCCUUCUUUUCAGCGUGGUAGAUGAAAACCUUAGCUGGCAUAUUGAUGAGAAUAUUGAUACUUACUGCUCAGCUCCUUUUACAGUAGACAAAGAAGAUGAGGCCUUUCAGGAGAGCAAUAGGAUGCAUGCAAUCAAUGGUUUUGUCUUUGGGAACUUACCAGAGCUGAGCAUGUGUGCACAGAAUCGUGUGGCUUGGCAUUUAUUUGGCAUGGGCAAUGAAGUAGAUGUCCACACAGCUUUCUUCCAUGGGCAGAUGUUGACCAUACGGGGCCACCACACUGAUGUGGCUAACCUCUUUCCUGCCACCUUUGUGACUGCUGAGAUGGUUCCCCAAGAGCCUGGUACCUGGUUAAUUAGCUGUCAAGUGAAUAGUCACUUGCGAGGUGGCAUGCAAGCACUUUACAAGGUUAAAUCUUGCUCCAUGGUCCCUCCUGUGAGCUUACUCACAGGCAAAGUCCGGCAGUACUUCAUUGAUGCCCAUGAGAUUCAAUGGAACUAUGGUCCAAUGGGACAUGAUGGGAAUUCUGGGAAGAAUUUGAGGGAGCCAGGCAGUGGCUCAGAGAAGUUCUUCCAGAGGAGCUCCAGCCGAAUUGGGGGAACUUUCUGGAAAGUUCGAUAUGAAGCCUUCCAAGAUGAGACAUUCCAAGAAAAGGUGCAGCUUGAAGAAGAUAAGCAUCUUGGAAUUUUGGGCCCAGUGAUCCGGGCUGAGGUGGGUGACACUAUCCUGGUGAUAUUCUACAACCGUGCCUCUCAGCCAUUCAGCAUACAGCCUCAUGGAGUCUUUUAUGAGAAAGACUAUGAGGGAACUGUGUACAAUGAUGGCAUAUCCCACCCUGGCUUGGUGGCCAAGCCCUUUGAGAAAGUGACAUACCGCUGGACAGUACCACCUCAUGCUGGCCCUACUGCUCAGGAUCCUGACUGUCUCACCUGGAUGUAUUUCUCUGCCGUGGAUCCCAUAAAAGAUACAAAUUCUGGUCUGGUGGGACCCCUGCUGGUGUGCAGGGCUGGUGCCUUGGGUGCAGAUGGCAAGCAGAAAGGGGUGGAUAAAGAAUUCUUUCUCCUUUUCACCGUGUUUGAUGAGAACAAGAGCUGGUAUACCAAUACCAAUCAAGCAGCUGCUAUGUUGGAUUCCCAGCUGCUCUCGGAGGAUGUCAAGGGUUUCCAGGACUCCAAUCGGAUGCAUGCCAUUAACGGGUUUCUGUUCUCUAACCUGCCCAGGCUGGACAUAUGCAAGGGUGACAUGGUGGCCUGGCACCUGCUUGGCCUGGGCACAGAGACAGAUGUGCAUGGGGUCAUGUUCCAGGGCAAUACUGUGCAGCUUCAGGGCAUGAGGAAGAGUGCAGCCAUGCUCUUUCCUCAUACUUUUGUCAUGGCCAUCAUGCAGCCAGACAAUCCUGGGACAUUUGAGAUUUACUGUCAGGCAGGCAGCCAUAGAGAAGCAGGGAUGAGGGCACUCUAUAAUGUUUCCCAGUGUCCUGGACACAAAGCCUCCCCUCGGGAACAUUACCAGGCUGCAAGGAUCUACUACAUCAUGGCAGAAGAAGUGGAGUGGGACUAUUGCCCAGACAGAAACUGGGAACUGGAAUGGCACAAGCAGCCUGAGAAAAACAGUUAUGGUCACAUCUUCCUGAGCAACAAGGAUGGGCUCCUGGGUUCCAGAUACAAGAAGGCUGUAUUCAGGGAAUACACUGAUGGUACAUUCAGGAUUCCUCAGCCAAGGGCUGGAGUAGAUGAACACUUGGGAAUCUUAGGUCCACUUCUCAGAGGAGAGGUUGGUGAUAUCCUAACUGUGGUUUUCAAGAAUAAUGCCAGCCGCCCCUACUCUGUGCAUGCCAGUGGAGUGCUGGAAUCUAGAACUGGAUGGCCACAGGCCGCUGAACCUGGUGAGUGGGAAUUUUUAGUAAAGAGGCAAAGGAUGCAUGGAAUCUCUGCUUCAAUCCUCUCACUUAUUCCUUCAGUAAAAAUUGCUUUCAAAGGCUCAACAAUAUCAAGAGAUAUUGAAAAAGGCAAUGUGACUUUGCUAGGCAUGCAGAUCCCUGUGAAGGAUAUUGAGACGCUGGCUUCUGUUUUGAUUGCCAUGGGCAUCAUUCUCCUGCUCAUUGCUGUGGCUCUUGGUGGUGUGGUCUGGUACCAGCAUCGACAAAGAAAGCUACGGCGCAACAGGAGGUCCAUCCUAGAUGACAGCUUCAAACUUCUGUCCCUGAAGAAGUAACAGCUGGAUCCCGGAACUGCCCAUCUGGAGUGAACUCCCAGCAGACUGUGCAUUAGCAACUGGCCCCACUGUCAAAAGGGCAGGGUGGUAGAAACAGAGGAGGACAUUAAAUUUGCCUGGGUAUUUCUUCACCUAUUUAUUUACAUGCAAAUGCUAUUUUUUUCUCUUUUUCUUUGUUCCACUUAAUCACCUAGUGCUAGAGAAAUUCCCUAAUAUCCUAUAUGACAAAAUUCAAUAGGUAGAUUAUAAUAUCCACUGAUGGUUAGAAUGUUUGAAAUUCCUAGAAACUGAUUAUUCUCACAAAGUAAAUACCAAAUGUAUAGCUCAUUGGUUAGGUUUCUACUACUUUCCAGGAGCUUAACAGUUUGACUCUGAGCUUAAGUUAAGUGAGCUGUAAAGAAAAUUCACAUUUAAAGUAUAGAAUAAAUACAUGCAUCAUGAGUGCAUUGGUAUUUGAGGAUCCAAAUUGUAUUUUGAUUCUUCUUGGUGGUGGACAAUUUUAGAAAAGCAGAUGAAUGCAAUAUCAUUGUCAAGGGGACCUACAACCAAUGGAGUCAGAAGCUCUUCAGUAAGUCAGUCCUCCACAUUUCUGGCACAGUCAUAUUGAAGAGCAUUUUGAGUGUUUUCUCCAUGUUUCAUACUGAAUAUCUUGUAUAUGAAAGUAUUUGUUACAACACUAAGUAUAAGCUCGGUGUGUUCUUUCUAUAAUUUAUGUAUUUUUUUUAACUGAGGUACCCCCAUCAGGUAUUAUCAGCAUAGUGCACCCACCACCAAUUAACCCAUAUUGCUCCAACAUAGACCAUUGUGCUUUCUUCCUUCUUUGUUCUUCCCCCUCUCCUACCCCCUCCACACCUUAGUGCUUCAGUUCUGUAGUCAGCUAUGAAAUACUAGUUUUACAACUUCCAACUAUUACUUUGCUUUAUAUUCCACAUAUUAGUGAUACUAUCCAGUAUUUAUCGUUCUCCUUCUGACUUAUUCACUUAGCAUUAUCCUUCGAAGCUCCAUCCAUGUUGUUGAAAAUUGCAUGAGUUUAACUUUUUUGAUCACUGUGUUGUAUUCCAUUGUGUAUAUAUACCACGUUUUCUUGGUCCAUUCAUCUGAUCUGGAUCACUUAGGUUGUCGCCAUAGUUUAGCUAUAAAUAGUGCUGCAAUAAACAAGUUUCCUUUCAAAUUAAUGUUUUUAAAUCUUUUCGAUAGAUGCCUAGGAAUGCAAUUACUAGGUCAAAUAGGAGAUCCAUGUUUAAUGUUAUGAGACAUCUCCAUACUGUUUUCCAUAAGGGGCUGGGCCAGUUUGCUUUCCCAGAAGCAGGGUUCCCUUUUCUCUACAUUCCCGUAACACUAGUUUCUGGUCUUUUUGAUAUGGACCAUUCUCACAGGUGUGAGAAGAUAUCUCAUUGUGGCCUUGAUUUGCAUUUCUCUAAUAAGUUAUUGUGAACAUUUUUCAGGCACCUGUUGGUCAUUUGAUUUUUCUUUUUUUUUAAUUUUUAAGACUUCUUAAUUUUAUUUAUGCAUACCAGAACUGGGGUACAGGCCAGAGGUGCAAGGGUGAGAUGAUUCACCAAAGACAGAGUAGGGAACAGAACAGGCAGACUGACUGAAAUACACUGCUGGGGGGAGCAGCGGGCAAGGCAGGUGAGGUCUGCUGAGCCAUGUGGGUAGCUCCCUGGCCAGCUGGGGAUCAAACUCAUGCUGCAGUGGCUGUGGAUAACUUCAAAGUGCUGUGCUUAAUGCCCUGAGCCUCCAGGGAGACCCAUUUGAAUGUUUCUUUUGCCAUAGGUACUUUUGACCAUUUUUUGAUUGAGUGAAUUGUUCUGUUUUAGUGGAGUUUUAUGAGUUAUUUUAUAUCAGUCCUUUGUAAAAUGUAUGGUAUGCAUAUAUUUUCUCCCAUUCAGUAGGACAUAUUUUCAUGUUAGUUAUGAUUUCUUUCACUGUACAUAAGCUUUUAGCAGCAGCCCCAGCUGUUUAUGUUGUCUUUUGUUUUCCUUGAUAUUGGGAACGAAUCCCAAAUGGCAUUACUAAAGCUUAAGGAAUUAAAUGUUUUGCUUAUGUUUUCUUCUGUGUAUUUUAUGGUUUCAGGUUUUACAUCCAAGUCUUUCAUCCAUUUUCAGUUGAUUUUGGUAUAUGGUGUGAUUUUGUUAUCUAGUUUUAUUCUAUUGCAUGCAGCUGUCCAAUUUUCCCAGCACCAUUUAUUGGA